AUGUCGUUAGAGAGUCAUCUGCCAACAGUUCCUAUCCCUGAGGAUAGCCCGAUCUCGGCCAUCCCAACUUCAGAGUCAGCCGCUGCUAAGGAAAACAGGGUUCUGCGUCUCUGCAUGUUGGAAACGAAUACUCUGUCGAAUCUCAAGAAGAAGUUAUCGGAAAGUUUUCGAGAAUAUGCUGUUAAAUGGCACGAACAGGCGGCCAGGGUCAAGCCCCAGAUGGAUGAAACAGAAAUGGUGAGUGUUUUUCUACAAGCCCAAGAGGCUGACUACUUUCAGAAUAUGAUGUCUGCAAUGGGGAAAACGUUUGCUGAGGACAUCAAGAUUGGUGAGAUGGUCGAGAACGGUCUGAAGACAAGGCGCACAUUGAGCCAAUCUGCCAUAAGAGCUAUGUCCCAAGCAAUUCAAAGCGGGUUCGGAGGUGUAGCGAAUAGAAAGAAAAAGGAAGAAGUGGCAAUGGCGGCUUCAGGUCCGAGAAACCCUCGUCCGCCCAGAAGUUAUUUCUCACCAAGCACUCCACAGCAUUAUUAUCCCCACCAGGAUGUGGCUUAUGCUUUAGCCCUCCAGCCUUACACAGUGAUGAACGCCCAGCCAUAUGCCCGGCCACAACAACAGCAAAACCCAGAGUCGCCCUCUUACCGACACGGUGCUCGAUGUGCCUAUCAUUCGGGAGCGAAAGGGCAUGACACUGAAGACUGUUGGACCCUAAAAAGGGCGGUUGAGAAUCUCAUAGAGCAAAAACGGAUAGUGCUGAAGGAUGAAGAAAUUCCUAAUGUGACCAACAACCCAUUACCGGCCCACAACAACGGACCUCUUAUUGGGAUGAUUUACGAAGAUAAGGAGUUUGAUCCCGCCUUGAAAGCCAUCAUUGCCAUCGCUGGUGUCGAAAAGAAACCAAAGGCUACUGCAAAGCAAGACAAGGGGGAGAAGAAGAAUGAACCCACCCCCAAAAGUGCAGAAAAGAAAGUGAAAACCAAAAUCGAGGCAGUACCCCCAAAAGAUGCCAUUCUUUAUGUUCCUCGGGGUCACAGGAAAGAACGAAUGACAUUGAGCCCUCCAAAAAGGUUCGAGCUGAACAAGGGACCUAAGAUAGCGGUAGUGACAUACAAGGGAAAAGAGGUCCUGGAGGAAACAAAUGAAACUAACCCAGCUGAGAAAUACCUUAACUUGGAGGAUUUGAACAAAGCCAAAAAGAAGCGUUUCCCACUCAAGAAGCUCGUUAGUGCUGAGGAGGCCGAAGAAUUCUUUCGCAAAAUGAAAACUGUUGACUAUGAGGUAAUAGACCAACUCCGAAAGUCUCCUUCACAGGUCUCACUCCUGUCUCUGCUGCUGAGCUCAACCGAGCAUCAGAAAGUGUUGAUAAAAACCCUCAAUGAAGCUUAUGUUCCGAUUGAAACCACUGUUGAGCAAUUGGAAAGGAUGGCAGAAAGAUUCUUCGCAAUCAACCAGAUCUCAUUUAGCAAGAAUGAUUUGCCCCCGGAAGGGGCUUCCCACAAUAAAGCCCUUCAUCUGACAGUUAAAUGA